AUGAAGAAGCAGUUCAAUCGGAUGCGACAGCUCGCCAACCAGACGGUGGGGAGGGCAGAAAAAACAGAGGUGUUGAGCGAGGACCUUCUGCAGGUGGAGAAGCGUCUGGAUCUGGUCAAGCAGGUGACCCACAGCACUCACAAGAAGCUCACUGCCUGCCUGCAGGGUCAGCAGGGCGCCGACGUGGAGAAGAGGUCCGUCAAGUCCCCGUCUGUGAGUACCUGCAUCCAGAAGAAACUUCCACUGACGAUCCUGGCACAGUGUUUGGUAGAGGGGGCUGCAGUGUUGGGAGAUGACUCUCUCCUGGGGAAGAUGCUGAAGAUGUGUGGGGAGACCGAGGAGAAGUUGGCCCUGGAGCUCAUCCAGUUUGAGUUCCAGAUAGAGAGAGACGUGGUGGAGCCUCUCUACGUGCUCGCCGAGGUGGACAUCCCCAACAUCCAGAAACAGAGGAAGCACUUAGCGAAACUCGUCCUGGACAUGGACUCCUCCCGGACAAGAUUUCACCAGUCGUCCAAGUCCUCCAGUCACCCGAGCACGCUGCAGCCGGGCGCCAAGGCCGAGUCCCUCAGAGAGGAGAUGGAAGAGGCAGCCAAUCGGAUGGAGAUUUGCAGGGAUCAGCUGUCAGCAGAUAUGUACAAUUUUGUGGCCAAAGAAAUAGACUAUGCAAAUUAUUUCCAGACACUGAUAGAAACACAGGCAGAAUAUCACAGGAAGUCAUUAGAAAUUCUUCACAGCAUCCUGCCCCAGAUUAAAGCUCACCAAGAGGCGUGGGUGGAGAAGCCGUCUUACGGCAAGUCUCUGGAGGAUCACCUGAACAUUAGUGGUAGAGAGAUUGCCUUCCCCAUCGAAGCCUGUGUCACCAUGUUGCUGGAGUGUGGCAUGGAGGAGGAGGGCCUCUUCAGAGUGGCUCCAUCAAACUCCAAGCUGAAGAAGCUGAAAGCCUCGCUGGACUGUGGAGUUCUGGAUGUGCAGGAGUACUCCUGUGACCCGCACGCCAUCGCAGGGGCUCUGAAGUCUUACCUCCGUGAGCUCCCCGAGCCACUGAUGACCACUGAACUUUAUGAUGAAUGGAUUCAGGCGUCCAACAUUCAAGAUAUGGACAAGAGGCUCCAAGCAUUAAAUGCAGCGUGCGAGAAACUCCCCACAGACAACUCCAACAAUUUCAGAUAUCUAGUGAAAUUCUUAUCCAAGCUGAGUGAGUAUCAAGACUCGAACAAGAUGACUCCCGGUAACAUGGCGAUCGUCCUCGGUCCUAACCUGCUGUGGACACACACCGAACCGAACAUCACGGAGAUGAUGACCACCGUGUCCCUGCAGAUUGUUAGCAUCAUCGAGCCCAUUAUCCAGCAUGCUGACUGGUUCUUCCCUGGAGAGAUCGAGUUCAACCUGACCGGCUGCUACGGCAGCCCCAUCCACACCAACCACAACUCCAACUACAGCUCCAUGCCCUCCCCGGACAUGGAGCAGUCUGAGCGCAAGCAGCAGCACGACCAGAGCCGACGCCCACUCAGCGUCGCCACUGACAACAUGAUGCUGGAAUUUUACAAGAAGGAUGGCAUUAGGAAGAUACAAAGUAUGGGCGUCCGGGUCAUGGAUACCUCCUGGGUGUCUCGUAAGGGUUCAUCCACGCUGACGCGCAAGACCUCCUCCACGCCUCCGGGCUUGCAAGGGCCCGGCUCCCCCGCCGACACGCUCAUCCCCGAGCAGCCGGGCGAGCUCAGCACCUCGCCGUCCGCCACACCGCCCCCUGCAGAAAGGUUCUGCUCAGACAACGUGUCGCCCAAUCGGCCGGACACCUCUCAUGCCCACCCGCCCCCAGGGGAGGACCGGCCGCCCCCCCCUUACCCCAUCUCCUCGUGCCACUCCCUCCCCCACCACUUCUACCCCAAGCCCCCGCCCUGCGCCCGCCCCGUGGCGCCGGGUCCAGAGUCCCAGCCCCCCGCCUCCCCCCCGCCCCCGAUGCGCUGGUCUGGCUUCACGCCCCCCGCCCCGCCCCCCUCCUCCUCCUCCUCCUCCUCCUCCUCGUCACUCGACAUCAAUUCGAACCCCAAACCCAGCUGCCUGCACUUCCCCAAGCACAGUCCGCCCGGCGACAUGUCGCAUGCCCCCCCGCCAGAUGCUAAUGCCUCACCACUCUACAUCAAAACCCCCUUGGCACUAACUCGCCACGACCAGUCCUUUGGCAACCCCCCUAGCCUCCCUUCGUCCGCACCCCCGCCCCCGCCGUGGGCUGCCUGUCCAUGUGUGCGAGAGAGAGGACCCCCCAGGCUGACUAGUUCAUUGAAGAGUAAAGAGCUCUCCCCUGUAACUGGACACAAAGGCAUCCAGGUGGCAGGUCCAACAGUCCCCCCCCCCAGCAGCAGCAGCAGCCCGCAGAGCAGCAGCCAGUCCCCCCACUCCACGGAGCACAGUCCCCACACCCUGCACAAAGGUUCCAAGAAGCUGGCCCCUGUCCCUCCCAAGGUCCCUUACGGCCAGUCAGGCGGGAUGUCCGACCAGUCCACAGGUCAGCCGUCACCGGUCAGCCUGUCUCCCACACCACCUAGCACCCCUUCCCCUUAUGGACUGGCCUGCCCUCCUGGGCUAGUGCCCCCACCCUCACCUGGGCAGACCCCAUUUGGGGCGCCCCACUCCCUCUCCUCCCCUCCCUCCCUGACCGGAACGCUCACCAAGUCUCGGCCCACCCCUAAGCCCAGGCAGAGACCUAGCCUGCCCCCUCCUCAGCCGCCCACAGUCCCUCCUGGGCUCCCUGGCCUGGCCAUGGCCCCAGUUCCCCAGCCCCUGGAGCAGGGCCUCCUGGAUGGACUGUCUCCUGGGGAGAGCAUGUCUACAGAUAUCUUCAGUUAUGAAAUCCCCUCCAUCAAUGUCAAUCUGGACAGCCUCAUCGAUGAGUUCAGCGGUGCCCCCUGCAGGAGGUUCCGGGCAGUGACAGACUCUCCAGAGGGAGACGCUGUGCCUGAGGAGGAGCCCCAGAGCACCACUCUAUGACCUAUGACCCCAAGGCAUCGCAGCUUACCAGCACCCCUGUGGCUGUACAUACUCUUAGCUGACGCCGCCGAGGCCUGAUGGAAACACCACUUGGCCUCACCAAUGCCCACCCGACACCAGAACUCAGACCCUCCCUCACAUCUGCUACAGGCUGCAAAGAACCUCAUCUCUCACAACUGCUCGCUAGAACAUAAAUGUGACAACAACAAAAAAACACCAAAAUGCCAUAGUGGAGGAACAGUUGCCUUUAGGAGGAAAGACUGGAA